UGCCUUUGCAAAACAAGCCAAGAAAAGAACACCCUUUUUCUUGUUUUUGCAUGGAUAGGUUGGUGAGUGAUCAAGGAGGGAGUAGUAGUAACAUGUUUAGGGACUAUAGAAAAGGGAAUUGGACUGUAAAAGAAACAAUGGUUCUAUUAGAAGCAAAAAAAAUGGAUGAUGAAAGGAGAAUGAGAAGGCAAGAGGGAAAACCAACAGAGUUAAGAUGGAAAUGGGUAGAGGAUUAUUGUUGGAGAAAUGGUUGUUUGAGGAGCCAAAAUCAAUGUAAUGACAAAUGGGAUAAUCUCAUGAGGGAUUUCAAGAAAGUAAGGGAAUAUGAAAGAAAAGUUGUUGAAGCAAGUGGAGAAGAAAUUAUAAGAUCUUAUUGGAAGAUUGAGAAGAAUGAAAGGAAAGAAAAGAAUUUGCCUACUAAUAUGUUGCCUGAGAUUUAUGAGGCAUUAGUUGAAGUUAUGGACAAAAAAAGCCAAAGAAUGUUGUUGCCUUCUUUACCUCCCACAUUGCAACAACAAUCUACUCCUUUGCCACUUCCACCAAUUACAACAACAGUAACACAAACAGAUUAUACUACUAAUGUUCCUUUUACCACAAUGUGUGAUAGCUCAGAUCCUGAUCAUAGCAGUGAGCAUUCAGAUUCACCGGCAAAGAAAAGAAGAAUGAGAGGAGGAGGUGAAGGAACUAGUGGCACAUCAAAAUGUAACAUUAACAAUUCAUCACAAGAAGUUGGCUCUGCUAUCUCCAAGAGUGCUGCUAUUAUAGCAGAAGCAAUUCAGUCUUGUGAAGAAAGAGGAGAUAGAAGGCACAAAGAACUCUUAAGCUUGCAUCAGAGAAGGCUACAAAUUGAGGAGUCAAAGGCUGAGAUCAAUAAAGAAGGCAUUAAUGGACUUGUUGAUUCUAUCAAUAAACUUGCUAAUUCCAUCCUUGCUUUGGCUGGUAACAAGACCCAAUCAACUGAUCCUAAAUAGCUAGCUACUCAUCAUGUGUCUUUGUCAAUCUUGAAUAGUAUGAUUAUGUUGUUGUUUCAUACUAUAUCUUCUUAUAUAAUACUAAGUUGAUGAGCUGAUUGUAACAUUAUUGAUUCAUUGAUGAAUGCAAUUUAAGUCAUUUCCUUU